GGAGUCUGGCUGCAGAGCCAGAGACGAUCCCACAGACUGUGGCGGGUCACGUGAUUCCCGUCUACAGCGUUGAUCGCACUGCGGCUUAGGCCGCGGGGAGUUCUCGCCUGCGCGCGGCCGUUGCCGAGGAGACGGCGCACGUCUCACCGCGCGUUGCCCCCUCUGCAGUCCCCCCGCCCCUCUUCUCCCACCACAAUGAGAUCCUAAGAUGGCGGUGGCUGCGGCGGUUGGCGCCGACUGGCUAAAGUAGAGAAGGCGGCCAUUGGGCCCUAGGCAGCCAGGGAACGUGUAGACUCUCCCUGCCGCGGUCUGUAAGGGAGGACCGCUGUCGGUGGCGGGUCGUGGGGGCUGACCGCUACUCCGCCCUUGGCAGGAGCGGCUGCUUCGUUUACAGGCAACAGCUUUGAAGUGUGAAGCAGGAAAAGAGCUGUUUCUGAGCUGCAAAAACUAGUUUCUAACAGAAAAUUAAUUGUUAAAGCCAGUAUGGCCACAGGAGGAGGUCCUUUUGAAGAAAGUGUGAAUGACCAGGAUUUACCAAACUGGACCAAUGAGGGUGUUGACGACCGACUCAACAACAUGGAUUGGGGUGGCCAACAGAAGAAGGCAAAUAGAUCAUCAGAAAAGAAUAAGAAAAAGUUUGGUGUAGAAAGUGAUAAGAGAGUAACUAACGAUAUUUCUCCGGAGUCAUCACCAGGAGUUGCAAGGCGAAGGACAAAGACUCCGCAUACGUUUCCACAUAGUAGAUACAUGACUCAGAUGUCUGUUCCAGAGCAAGCCGAAUUAGAGAAACUUAAACAGCGGAUAAACUUCAGUGAUUUAGAUCAGAGAAGCAUUGGAAGUGAUUCUCAAGGUAGAGCAACAGCUGCUAACAACAAACGUCAGCUUAGCGAGAACCGAAAGCCCUUCAACUUUUUGCCUAUGCAGAUUAACACUAACAAGAGCAAAGAUGCUGCUACGAGUCCUCAGAAAAGAGAAGUCAUUGGAUCAGCACAAUGUAAAGAGUUGUUUGCUUCUGCUUUAAGUAAUGAACUUUUGCAAAACUGUCAAGUCUCUGAAGAAGAUGGGAGAGGAGAACCUGCAAUGGACAGCAGCCAGAUUGUAAGCAGGCUGGUUCAAAUUCGUGACUAUAUUACUAAAGCUAGUUCCAUGCGGGAAGACCUUGUAGAGAAAAAUGAAAGAUCUGCUAAUGUUGAGCGCCUUACUCAUCUAAUAGACCACCUUAAAGAACAAGAAAAGUCAUAUAUGAAAUUUCUCCAAAAGAUCCUUGCUAGAGAAAAUGAGGAGGAGGAUGUGCGGACUGUAGAUUCAGCUGUGGGAUCGGGUUCUGUAGCUGAGAGCACAUCGCUAAACAUAGAUGUGCAGUCUGAGGCUUCAGACACCACGGAGGCAUCUUUUAGUCUGAGAAUUCGGCCGUGCAUUGAGGACAAACUAGGGAAUUCAGCUUCACAAGAACAGGUUUCAGACAUUGACGUUACUACAAGUCCAAAAGGGGAAGUUGACAGACCUCCUCAGAAUGACAGGGAACUGAGGCCUAAUAGGAAAUAUAGCCGAAAACGUGGAUUUCCCUCAAAGGCCAGAGACCCUCAGCAGGAGCCCAUGGAAGAGAUAGAAAGUUUGAAGAAACAACAUGAUUUAUUAAAAAGGAUGUUACAGCAGCAGGAGCAACUGCGAGCUCUGCAGGGACGGCAAGCGGCUCUUCUUGCUCUGCAGCAUAAAGCAGAGCAAGCUAUUGCUGUGAUGGAUGAUUCUGAAAAGAUUGCAGGGACAACUCCUGGCCAUCAUACUGUACCGUGCAGACAGCCAGCUCGCUCUCCUUUUCAUCAGAGAGCACCUGUAAGAGCUGUAACAGAAACUACUGGUAGCCUGUCUGGCGUCAGUAUCACAUCUGAAUUAAAUGAAGAAUUGAAUGAUUUAAUUCAGCGUUUUCAUAAUCAGCUUCGUGAUUCUCAGCCUCCAGCUGUUCCAGACAAUAGAAGACAGGCAGAAAGUCUUUCAUUAACUAGGGAGGUUUCCCAGAGCAGGAAUCCAUCAGUUUCAGAACAUUUACCUGAUGAGAAAGUCCAACUUUUUAGCAAAAUGAGAGUGUUACAGGAAAAGAAACAAAAAAUGGACAAACUGCUGGGAGAGCUUCAUACACUUCGAGAUCAGCAUCUGAACAAUUCAUCAUUUGUGCCUUCUUCAGCCUCUCCACAAAGGAGUGUGGAUCAAAGAAGUAUAACUUCAGCUCCCUCUGCUCCUGUAGGCUUAGCACCAGUUGUCAAUGGAGAAUCCAAUAGCCUCACAUCAUCGGCUCCUUAUCCUGCUGCUUCUCUGGUUUCUCAUAAUGAAAGUGAAAAUGAAGGCCAUCUGAAUCCAACUGAAAAACUCCAGAAGUUAAACGAAGUUCGAAAGAGAUUGAAUGAACUAAGAGAAUUAGUUCGUUAUUAUGAACAAACAUCAGAUAUGAUGACAGAUGCUGUAAAUGAAAAUACAAAAGAUGAAGAAACUGAAGAGUCAGAAUAUGAUUCUGAGCAUGAAAAUUCUGAGCCUGUUACUAACAUUCGAAAUCCACAAGUAGCUGCCACCUGGAAUGAAGUAAAUAGUAAUUCUAAUGCACAGUGUGUUUCUAAUAAUAGAGAUGGCAGAUCGGUUAAUUCAAAUUGUGAAAUUAACAACAGAUCUGCUGCCAACCUAAGGGCUUUAAACAUGCCUCCCUCUUUAGCAGAUUGUCGAUACAAUAGAGAAGGAGAACAGGGGAUUCAUGUUGCACAAGGUGAAGAUGAUGAUGAUGAGGAGGAGGAAGCAGAAGAUGACGGAGUCAGUGGAGCUUCAUUAUCUAGUCACAGGAGCAGUAUGGUUGACGAGGCUCCGGAAGAUGCUGAGUUUGAACAGAAGAUCAAUAGACUUAUGGCUGCAAAACAAAAGCUUAGACAGUUACAAGAUCUUGUUGCUAUGGUACAGGAUGAUGAUGCAGCAGACCAGGGAGUUAUCUCUGCCAGUACUUCAAAUUUGGAUGAUUUCUACCCAGCAGAAGAAGACAUCAAACAGAAUGCAAAUAACACUAGAGGAAAUGCCAAUAAAACACAGAAAGAUGCUGGAGUAAAUGAAAAGGCAAGAGAGAAAUUUUAUGAGGCUAAACUACAGCAACAACAGAGAGAGCUCAAACAAUUGCAGGAAGAAAGAAAAAAACUGAUUAAGAUUCAAGAGAAAAUUCAAGCAUUGCAAAAGGCAUGUCCUGACCUACAGCUCUCAGCCACUAGUGCGGGUAAUUGUUCCACAAAAAAAUAUGUGUCAGCUGUUACUUCAACUCCAACUGUUAAUGAAAAUGUAAGCAAUACAAGCAAACCAGUUUUUGAGCCUGAAGAUUCUUCAGUAGUAGAUAAUGAGUUGUGGUCAGAAAUGCAAAGACAUGAAAUGUUAAGGGAAGAGCUGCGACAGAGAAGAAAACAGCUUGAAGCUCUGAUGGCUGAACAUCAGAGGAGGCAAGGUCUAGCUGGAGCUGUAUCUCCAGUGGCUGUGUCAUUGAGAAGUGAUGGAUCUGAGAACCUGUGUACUCCUCAGCAAAGCAGAACAGAAAAAACAAUGGCAACUUGGGGAGGCUCUACCCAGUGUGCACUAGAUGAAGAAGGAGAUGAAGAUGGUUACCUUUCUGAAGGAAUUAUUCGGACAGAUGAAGAGGAGGAGGAAGAAGAGCAAGAUACCAAUUCAAACGAUAACUUUUCUAUGUAUCCUCCUAACAGCGUGAAUCAUAACUCUUACAGUGUAAAGGAAACUAAAAAUAGGUGGAAGAACAAUCGCCCUGUUUCAGCAGAUGGAAAUUAUCGUCCUUUAGCGAAGACAAGACAACAGAAUAUCAGCAUGCAACGUCAGGAAAACCUUCGCUGGGUGUCAGAACUCUCUUAUGUAGAAGAGAAAGAACAAUGGCAAGAACAAAUCAAUCAGCUAAAGAAACAACUUGAUUUCAGUGUUAAUAUUUGUCAGACUUUGAUGCAAGACCAGCAGACUCUAUCUUGUCUGCUCCAAACUCUUCUCACGGGUCCUUACAGUGUUAUGCCCAGCAAUGUUGCAUCUCCUCAAGUACACCUUAUAAUGCACCAGUUGAAUCAGUGUUAUGCUCAGUUAACAUGGCAACAGAAUAAUGUACAAAGGUUGAAACAAAUGCUAAAUGAACUUAUGCGUCAACAAAAUCAGCAUCCCGAAAAACCUGGAAGAAAGGAAAGAGGCAGUAGUGCAUCACACCCUCCUUCACCCAGUUUAUUUUGUCCUCUGAGUUUUCCAGCACAGCCUGUAAAUCUUUUUAACCUACCUGGGUUUACUAAUUUUUCAUCAUUUGCACCAGGUAUGAAUUUCAGCCCUUUAUUUCCUUCUAAUUUUGGAGAUUUUUCUCAGAAUAUUCCUACACCCACUGAACAGCAGCAACCAUUAGCCCAGAAUUUUUCAGGAAAAACAGAAUAUAUGGCUUUUCCAAAACCUUUUGAAAGCAGUUCUUCCGUUGGAGCAGAACAACAAAGGAACCAAAAAGAGCCCGAAGAGGAGGUGGAAAACAGUAGGACACCAUGGUUAUAUGACCAAGAAGGUGAAGUAGAAAAACCAUUUAUCAAGACAGGAUUUGCAGUGUCUGUAGAGAAAACUACAAAUAGUAAUCGCAAAAAUCAGUUAGAUGCCAGCAGGAGAAGACGCCAGUUUGAUGAAGAGUCCUUAGAAAGCUUUAGCAGUAUGCCUGAUCCAGUGGAUCCAACAACAGUAACUAAAACAUUUAAGACAAGAAAAGCAUCUGCGCAGGCCAGCCUGGCAUCUAAGGAUAAAACGCCCAAGUCAAAGACUAAGAAGAGGCAUUCCACUCAGCUGAAGAGCAGAGCUAAAAAUAUGGGGUAUGAAAGUGCCAGUAUGUCGAGCACAUGUGAACCUUGCAAAAGUAGGAACAGACAUUCAGCCCAGACUGAAGAGCCUGUUCAAGCAAAAGUAUUCAGCAGAAAGAAUCAUGAACAGCUGGAAAAAAUAAUAAAAUAUAGUAGGUCUACAGAAAUAUCUUCAGCACAUGCUAGGAGAAUACCUCAGCAGUCUAACAGAAAUGCAUGCAAUGAAGCGCCAGAAACUGGGAGUGAUCUUUCCAUGUUCGAAGCUUUGAGGGAUACUAUUUAUUCUGAAGUAGCUACAUUAAUAUCUCAAAAUGAAUCUCGUCCACAUUUUCUUAUUGAACUUUUCCAUGAGCUUCAGCUACUUAAUACCGACUAUUUAAGACAGAGGGCUCUAUAUGCACUACAGGACAUAGUAUCCAGACAUAUUUCCGAGAACCAUGUAAAAGAAGGGGAAAAUGUAAAAUCAGUGAAUUCUGGUACUUGGAUAGCAUCAAACUCAGAACUUACUCCCAGUGAAAGCCUUGCUACUACUGAUGAUGAAACAUUUGAGAAGAACUUUGAGAGAGAAACACAUAAAAUAAGUGAGCAAAAUGAUGCUGAUAAUGCUAGUGUCCUGUCUACAUCUUCAAAUUUUGAGCCUUUUGCAACAGAUGAUCUAGGUAACACUGUGAUUCACUUAGACCAAGCACUAGCCAGAAUGAGGGAAUAUGAGCGUAUGAAGAUUGAGGCUGAAAGUAACACAAAUGUAAGAUGUACCUGCAGGAUUAUUGAGGAUGAAGAUGGUGCUGCUGCCACAACUGUUAAUAAUUUAGAAGAAACGGCUAUUAUUGAAAAUCAUAGUUCACAACAACCUAUAAGUGAAAUUUCUACCGUUCCAUGUCCUAGAAUUGAUACUCAGCAGCUGGACCGGCAAAUUAAAGCAAUUAUGAAAGAAGUCAUUCCUUUUUUGAAGGACAAGGAUGGCACUGAAACAGUUAAGCAGACUCAGACAUCUGAGUAUGAUGGUGAGAGUCCCAAAAAUGUGAGAUCUGAUGUUUCUGAUCAAGAGGAAGAUGAAGAAAGUGAAGAAUGUCCAGUGUCUAUUAAUUUGUCCAAAGCUGAAACUCAGGCUUUGACUAAUUAUGGAAGUGGAGAAGAUGAGAAUGAAGAUGAAGAAAUAGAAGAAUUUGAAGCAGGACCUGUAGAUGUCCAGACUUCACUUCAGGCUAACACUGAAGCUACAGAAGAAAAUGAACACGAUGAUAAGGUAUUCCAUUGUAGACUAACACACCUUCCACCAGACUUUCUUUUGAUGACAGAUGACCAAGAUAGUACCCCUAUGAAACCAUGUUACCUCAAUAUCUUGGAAAAUGAGCAACCUCCAAAUAGUACUGUCCAAAAGGACUCGCUUACUACCGUUGAUUCAUCUAAACAGCCUAACGCUUUGCCGUUACCUUUACCUGAAAUCGAAACCGUGGUGCCUAAAGUCAAAGAAAUUAAAUCUGCUCAGGAAACUCCUGAAAGCUCUCUGGCUGGAAGCCCUGAUACUGAAUCUCCAGUGCUAGUAAAUGACUAUGAAGCAGAAUCUGGUAACAUAAGUCAAAAAUCUGAUGAAGAAGACUUUGUGAAAGUUGAAGAUUUACCACUUAAACUGACAAUAUAUUCAGAGGCAGAUCUAAGGAAUAAAAUGGUAGAAGAAGAACAGAAAAACCAUUUAUCUGGUGAAAUAUUAUGUGAGAUGCAGACUGAAGAAUUAGCUGGGAAUUCUCAGACGCUAAAAGAACCUGAGACAGUGGGAACCCAAAGCACAUGAGAUGUCUUCAGAGGCUCAUCUGACUCUUUACGUAGUCAGUACAUAUAUGAAAAUGGUUCUAAAUAAACAUGUUUUGAUCUGUAUAAAAAUGUAAAUUAGUUUGACACUGCAUUUUUGAUAGGUGUGCUGAUUUCUGCCCAUGGCAGUUUAAAACAUCAGAAACUACAUUCUAAACAAAUUCAAUCCUUGAUAAACUGUGGGGUUUUUUCUCUUCUUUUUUCUUUUGGUCUUGAUUUUUUUUUUAUCCCAUUGUGAUGUUUGGUAAUGUUAAAUUUAAAAUGUAGUUUUAAAUAAAGUUUGGACUUAUAUGUAAAGUAUCUUUUUUGGAAAUUAUGUUGAAUUCUAUACAAUAAGUCACUGUUCUAUAUAAUUAGACUAUUCAGAGAAGAGCAGUGGUUAAGUUUAGAGAAAUAUACUAUUUAUUAUAAAGCCCAGCUAUUAGGCCAGGCUUCCAAAUAAUGCCAGUGUUACUGAUGUCGGGUCUAAUGUUCUUUUAGUCUUAUUCCUGUGCAACAAUACGGCAGGUUAUAAAGGUUUCCAGGAUAUCUGUGAAGUUAUUGUAGAAUAUGUAUUAAUACUGGAUUCAAGCUGGGUAAGUUUAGGACACAAUGUCCUUGGUACCUAAAACUUAACAUAAUUAUCAAUUAGAUAAAUAUUUUCCACAAUUUCAAUUCCUAUCUAUGUUGCCUUCCAUCUAAAAAUAAAAAAAAAUAAUAAGUUUUAUAUAGAGAGUAUUUCUGCACAGACAAGUAACAUUGUGAUUUAAAUGAAAAACCGAGCUCUUUCAAGUAGGGAUUAAUAGAACUAAAUUUAGGUACCAGAAUGUUAAGGUUCUAUAUGCCUUUGGACAAAUGUACCUUUUGAGAUGAUAGUUUAAGACCAGAGCAUAGCAGUUGCUUCUGCAUGUAGUGAGGAGAGAGGCAGGUUCGCAGGUGAGGUAUUGAGGAAUGAAAAGGUGUGGAACUUUUUCAUCACUAAGUUCAGUAAGCUUUUAAAGGAUGGCUUACCUUUAGAUCCCCAACUUGCCAUAUAUCCAGUAAGGCUUCAGAGCCAGUUCACAGUUAAGCCAGUCAGCCUUACAGAUUCUUCCUUGAAUAAAAGUUGCAGAGUAUCUUUUAAAUUUGUUAACAAUUGAGUGAAACAUCCUAUAAGAAAAGAAUUUGGUUGGUAUUCCUUUAAAAUUCUUACCUGCCUGAUUACCUCAGUGUCAAAUUGUAAUAUCCAGUCAGGGAGUAUUAAAUGAGCAUUUCCCUAUAAGGACAUUUACUGGAUUGCUACUUAAAUUAUGUGAGACAUAUAGCUCCACUUUAAUAAAACCUAUUCAGAAAACUGUCGUUUCCAGAAUCAGGAAUUCUCAUCCAGUUGGUCUGUCGUCAGGGAAACUGAAACAAAAAGUUACAUUAUAUGUAUACUCCAGUUCUAUAUUUGUUUUCUAGAUUGUACGGGUAGAGGGGAAAACUUCAUGUUGGUACUUAAGCCAAGCCUUACGUAUGACGACUCUCUCUCUCUGCCUGCAUAUUACAGACUGAUACAGUGGAAGAGUUGUACUUAUAUCUUAGUUAUUACUGUAGUACUUAGUUAUUUGACUUAUGUUAUAGCUGCUGUAAUCUAGUCUGUUGUUCUGUAUUUUAGUAGAUAAUUUAGUUUUAAAAUACCUAGGGCUUGAGAGCAGAUAACUUGUUUCCUGUGUUUUUCCCUAGUAGCUAUUGUUAAAGGGUUGGCAUUAACUAACCUGUUUGUCUUGAUUUAUAAGUAAAAAACUUGGUUAAGCGAUAAAAGAGGGAGAAAAGGUCAGUCAAAAUGAGUGAGAGGAAACGCUAGGCAGGUUGAGAUAAUGCCUAAAAUAGUGUACUCACAAGACUGUGCAGGUAUUCUUUGUAUUUUGUAACAUUCACUUUGGGUAAAUGCUUUUUCACUGUUAAUAAAUGUAUAUCCUACAUA